GGCGCGGGCUGCGCGGGUCCAGCGUGUACCUCGGCUCCGGGUUGGAGCUGAGCCGGAGCCGGAUUCCGGGCGGACGGCCACGUCAACCUUAACCUACACCGCCCUCCCCACCCGCGCCCUCCGCCGCCGCGCCCGCCAGGCUUGCGGCGGGUUCUCUCAGGCUGCGGCCUCCACGCAUUUCCCACAAUGCCCCGCGCCAGGCCCCGCCCCGCUCGCCGUGGAGACCGGCGCGGGAGCUGCCGACCGGAGCUGGCCGCACUCGUCGCUGCCGGUGCGGCGUGUCCUCCGCGUCCCGAGUGCGGCGGCUCGGCGCUCGGACAGUGCGUGUCCUCCCGCGCGCACAGCUGGCGCUCUGCCGGUGGGGUCAGCGACCGGGAAUUGAGGAUGGGGAAGUAGCUGCAGGAGGCGACCCCGCAACACCGAGAUUAACAUUUGGCAAGACAAUUUCAGGAUGCUGGAGUCAUUCUUGGAAUAAUGUGGACAGACGUUCUCAAACUUGUGUACAUCAACUGGAACCAACGGCAUAUCUUAAUGUUCACUUAAACCAGAACUUGUAUAAGAAAAAGAAUGGGAGUCUGGUUCAAUAAAGAUGACUAUGUCAUAGACUUGAAAAGGGUCACUGUCUGUUUUCUAAUAGUGUAUAUGGCCGUUUUAGUGGGCACAGAUCAGGAUUUUUACAGUUUACUUGGAGUAUCCAAAACUUCAAGCAGUAGAGAAAUAAGACAAGCUUUCAAGAAAUUGGCAUUGAAGCUGCAUCCUGAUAAGAACCCGAAUAACGCAAAUGCACACAGUGAUUUUUUAAAAAUAAAUAGAGCAUAUGAAGUACUCAAAGAUGAAGAUUUGCGGAAAAAGUAUGACAAAUAUGGAGAAAAGGGACUUUCAGAUAAUCAAGGAGGAGGCCAGUAUGAAAGCUGGAAUUACUAUCGUUAUGAUUUUGGUAUUUAUGAUGAUGAUCCUGAAAUCAUAACAUUGGAUAGAAGAGAAUUUGAUGCUGCUGUUAAUUCUGGAGAACUGUGGUUUGUGAACUUUUACUCCCCGGGAUGUUCACACUGCCAUGAUUUAGCUCCCACUUGGAGAGAGUUUGCUAAAGAAGUAGAUGGAUUACUUCGAAUUGGAGCUGUGAACUGUGGCGAUGAUAGAAUGCUUUGCCGAAUGAAAGGAGUCAACAGUUAUCCGAGCCUCUUCAUUUUUAGAUCUGGAAUGGCUGCAGUGAAAUACCAUGGUGACAGAUCAAAGGAAAGUUUAGUGAGUUUCGCCAUGCAACAUGUUAGAAGCACAGUGACAGAAUUGUGGACAGGAAAUUUUGUUAACUCCAUACAAACUGCUUUUGCUGCUGGUAUUGGUUGGCUGAUCACUUUUUGUUCCAAAGGAGGAGAUUGUUUGACUUCACAGACACGUCUCAGGCUUAGUGGCAUGUUGGAUGGUCUUGUUAAUGUAGGAUGGAUGGACUGUGCCACACAGGACAACCUUUGUAAAAGUUUGGAUAUUACAACAAGUACUACUGCCUAUUUUCCUCCUGGAGCCACUUUGAAUAACAAAGAGAAAAGCAGUAUUUUGUUUCUUAACUCAUUGGAUGCUAAAGAAAUAUAUUUGGAAAUAAUGCAUAAUCUUCCAGAUUUUGAACUACUUUCGGCAAACACACUAGAGGAUCGCUUGGCUCAUCAUCGAUGGCUCUUAUUUUUUCAUUUUGGAAAAAACGAAGAUUCAAAUGAUCCUGAGUUGAAGAAACUGAAAACUCUACUUAAAAAUGAACAUAUUCAAAUUGGCAGGUUUGACUGUUCCUCUGCACCAGACGUCUGUAGUAAUCUCUAUAUUUUUCAGCCAUGUCUAGCAGUAUUUAAAGGACAAGGAACCAAAGAAUAUGAAAUUCAUCAUGGAAAGAAGAUUCUAUAUGAUAUACUUGCCUUUGCCAAAGAAAGUGUUAAUUCUCACGUUACCACACUUGGACCUCAAAAUUUUCCUGCCAAUGACAAAGAACCAUGGCUUGUUGAUUUUUUUGCGCCUUGGUGUCCGCCGUGUCGAGCUUUAUUACCAGAGUUACGGAAAGCUUCAAAGCAUCUUUAUGGUCAGCUGAAGUUUGGUACUCUAGAUUGUACAGUUCAUGAGGGACUCUGUAACAUGUAUAACAUUCAGGCUUAUCCAACAACAGUGGUAUUUAACCAGUCCAACAUUCAUGAAUAUGAAGGACAUCACUCUGCUGAACAGAUCUUGGAGUUCAUAGAGGAUCUUAUGAAUCCUUCAGUGAUCUCCCUGACACCCACCACUUUCAAUGAACUAGUUACACAGAGAAAACAUGAUGAGGUCUGGAUGGUUGAUUUCUAUUCUCCAUGGUGUCAUCCAUGUCAAGUCCUAAUGCCAGAAUGGAAAAGAAUGGCUCGGACAUUAACUGGACUGAUCAAUGUGGGCAGUAUAGACUGCCAACAGUAUCAUUCUUUUUGUGCCCAAGAAAAUGUUCGGAGAUACCCAGAGAUAAGAUUUUUUCCCCAAAAAUCAGAUAAAGCUUAUCAAUAUCAUAGUUACAAUGGUUGGAAUAGGGAUGCUUAUUCCCUAAGAAUCUGGGGUCUAGGAUUUUUGCCUCAAGCAUCCAUAGAUCUAACCCCUCAGACUUUCAAUGAGAAAGUUUUACAAGGGAAGAGUCAUUGGGUGAUUGAUUUCUAUGCUCCUUGGUGUGGACCUUGCCAAAAUUUUGCUCCGGAGUUUGAGCUCUUGGCUAGGAUGAUUAAAGGAAAAGUGAAAGCAGGGAAAGUAGACUGUCAGGCUUAUGCUCAAAUCUGCCAGAAAGCUGGGAUCAGAGCCUAUCCAACUGUUAAAUUUUAUCCCUACGAAAGAGCACAGAGAAAUACUUGGGGAGAGCAGAUAGAUACCAGAGAUGCAAAAGAGAUUGCUACCUUAAUAUAUGAAAAAUUGAAAAAUCUCCAAAAUCAUGAAAAGAGGAGUAAGGAUGAACUUUAAAGAUGUUGAAGAUGAAGAAAAAUUGAAAAGAAAUUGUAACAAAUGACAUCAGAAGACAUCUUUUUAGAGUGUUGCUGCGUUCUUGAUAGGAGUUUAUCUUGGACUUGUAAUUGCACUGUCUGAAUCCUGUACAACAUUGGUAUAAAGGAAAGGUCUGCAGACUUUUUCUGUAAAGGGCCAGCCCGUAAAUAUUUUAGGCUUUGUUUUGUCAUGUAUUCUUUGUUUUUGUUUUGUUUUGUUUUCAACCCUUUAAAAAAUGUAAAAACCAUUCUUAGCUCAAGGCCACACUCAGCUCAUACACAAGUAGGCCAAACAAGCCACCUGCAGUCUGUGGGCUGAAGCUUGCUGACCCCUGGAAAUGUUUGGUCUGGCCGCCUCAAACAGGAGCCUGCUCUGCUAUUGUCUACGUGCAUGUCUAGGUUACACAAGUGGAUUUUAUUGCUUAAAGUUCUGUGGUGGCCGGAAAAGAGAUUAACUUGGUUUUUAGUCACCUGUUGUCCUAAAAAUUUUUGGAAACAUAUUUCAUUUUAAGAACACACAAUGUGACAAAAGUUUAUUUUCAUGCUUUAUUAUAGUGAAGAGAUUCUUCAUUUUAUUUCCUUUCUAAAGGUUGAAGAACAGAUUUAAUUUUUCACAAUUAAGAAGAAUUUUUAACAGUAAAUAAACAAAUCCUAUAGAUUUAAUACCUGAGGAAAAAAUAUUUACAGCAAUUAAUUGGGCAUUGUAGAGUAUCCCAAAUAUAUCAAGUAUUUAACGUUCUGCAUUUUAGAGAUACGUGUUCGUUUAUUUUCCGAAUUGCUUUCAUAAGAGUUUUCCCUGUGAUAGUAGUUGACUUUUGAAGCCUCUUUUACUAUUUAUGUUUUUGCCUUCUGGACUUUCUGUUUUGAUGUGUAUCUUUUAUUUACAUUUACUUUUUUUUCUUUAUAGUUGUGGUUUUUCACUCUUGUCCAAUCUCUUCAUUUUCAAAUAGGAAAAAUAACUUUGCAAGUUUGUUUCACUAUACCAUGUAAUGGUACUGUGGUGAUUAUUAUUUACUGUUGGAGGCUGCCAUUUUCAGAUAAAUAUUGCAUAAUAACUGAAGUUAUUUUUGUAAGAAAAUCAAGUAUAUAAAUCCAAGGAUGGAGUGAGUUGCUCAGACUCAAAGAAUCCAAAAAUUUUUCCCUUGCAUGUACACAAAACAUUGUAACGUAAUUGUUUAGUUAUCAUUCAGAGUAUAUGGAAUGAUAAAAAUCCCAAUUGAUCAAAAGAGGUCAACAAAUUUUUUUAAAACUUCAGUUUUCCUAAAAACCUAUUAGGAUUAUGUUUUAUUAUAUUGGAAGAGUUUUGGGUUUUUUUGAUAUCACUUUACUCCCUUCUCCAAUAUUUCCUCAUAAAGAUUAUUAUUAUUAUAGCUGCAAUUUAUAGAAAAACAGAUUUUUUUCAAGUCUAACCCUGUUCAUAUUUCUUUAACUCCUUAUUUUAGAUUCUGCUUUACUCAUGUGGGCACAUACAGAACAAUCACCACUUCUAACCGUAAUUUAACGCCACCUUUUUGAAUUAUAAUCAGUAACAUCAAGUGCCUUUCAUUUACAAAAUUUUCAAAGCCUAGAAAAUUUUUGAAAUUGGCCUGUUUCUACAAGAAUCCCAAGACGGAAUGCUUGAAGAAGUCUCAGUGAAUAUUUACUGAAAGUACCAGUUACGUGAAGACCACUGUGCUGGACACUGCUAAGUGUACAAAUGGAAUCCAAGGCAUGUCCCCAUCUCCCAAGUGUCUGUAAUUCACAGUUCUGACACUGACCCCAUAAACAAGUUUAUAGGUACCUAUAGUAUUACCUAUAAAUAUAAUUCCAAACUUACUGAUUGAGAAAGCAUCUUAAGCAGUAAAUAUUAUGUAUCCUGUAACUUGGCCUAAGUGUGUGCCUGUGGAACUGGCAGAGUUACCUGGGAGUCAUGUUAAGUAAUUUGUGUCAUAUAAGUAAUACUUGUCAGGAGGCUGUUUUCUGCCGUCCUAUCAGUGUCAUUGGGUAUUUCAAAAACAGCUGGAGGAAUUAAAGCUUUUAACAGCCACAUUAAUGCAGUUAGAGCACCUCUAAAGAGUGCUGGGUAAAACAUGCCAUUUCUUUCAGCAACACCAUUUUGUGUGCACCUGGCCUUGGGUAACAACACCAUUUCUGGCAGACAGAGUGCAUUGUAUCAGGCAGCUAGAUUUGAAAAGUAGAUAUAUUUAAAUAUGUGGCUAUGUGAAACCAUUUGGGAUUUGUGUUUGUGGCAUUAGCUUAUUCCAAUUUCCCAGGUUUUAUUUAACAUCUUUCUUAUCUUUUUUAAGGUAUAUGAUUAAGAUAAAGAACAAAUAAAAUGAAAUAAUUAUUGUGUAAUAA